AGCUGAGAACUUGAAUAAACCAAAUAUACUUUAGCAGAAUCUGAAUAGGAGCUACUAUCCUGGGACAACAAUAGAAGAUGCUUUGGCCAAAUGCAAACCCCUCUACAGGGAACCAUAGACUGAGAAUAUUUGUGAGGAUACAGGCACACAAAGCAAAUAUUUUGGUACUGUUCUGACAAGGAUUUGCAUGUAAUCAUUAUGUUUUAACCAAAACUUUCAGGAACACUGGAUGCUGAGGAUACUGAUCAGGAGACGCUUAGCAAGGUUCCGAAGCUGUUCAGUGUCUUGAACACACAGCCAUGGGCGGUGAUGGAGACAGAUAUGGAAGUAGCAUUGAAGAGGCCUGUACUUUAACUUGGCAUCAUGUUCGGUACAGACACUGUGGGCUGUUCCAUUUAACCAGGACAUUGAGAAGGCUGCCAGACAAGUUAUUGUCAAAUUACCAUAAAUGGAGAGCUGAAUGUCCUGAGAUCAGUGCAGACCUGAGGCCUUUAUCCAUUAUCGGUCUCCUAAAGGCUGGUUACCAUGGGGUUUUGAGGUCUCGUGAUUCCAGUGGAAGCCGCGUUUUGAUAUAUAAAAUUGAACAUUGGGAUCCCAAGGUUUUUUCAGUCUAUGAAGUGUUUCGCGUCAGUCUGAUCACAUCAGAACUGAUUGUGAAGGAGGUCAAAACCCAACAAAAUGGUGUGAAGGUUAUCUUCGAUCUUUAUGGCUGGCGAUUUGCUCAUGUUUUGCAUAUCAAUCCGACAGUUGCCAAAAGAAUUGCUGAAGUGAUUGCAGACUCCUUUCCACUGAAGGUCCGGGGUAUUCACAUGAUCAAUGAGCCUGUGCUAUUUCAUCCAUUCUUUGCUAUUAUUACAAAGUUCUUGUCAGAUAAAAUCAAAGAACGGGUUCACAUGCAUGGACAUAAUUACCAGUCCAGCCUUCGAAAGCACUUUCCAGUUCAGAUUCUUCCACCUGAAUAUGGUGGCCAAGGACCAACUUAUGAAGAACUCUGUCAUGAAUGGACCAAUUUUGUGCUGCAGUCUGAGAAAGAACUUCUUGAGCUCUCACUUGUUACAUGAUACUACAUUGCACAGAGUCUAGUGACCGAAUAACAGUACCUUUAUGGUGGUAAUCAAUGCAACAGGUGCUAAAAAUGACUACACACUGUGGAACCAGUUGAUAACCAGCCAUGGACUGCCAUGUUUUAUAGUAUAUGUUUAUUUUAAGUGAUAUUAAAUAUUGAAUUAAAUUGG